UGGUGGUGAUGGAGCAGUGUUUCCUCCCCCAGGAGCCGUGGUUCUGGCUGGCAGCAGAGCUGGGCAGCAGCUGCUCCUGGGACUCCAAGCUGGGCCUGAGCCGUGCCGGGAGGGAGCUGUCGGAGCUGCCCACGCUGGAGGAAGGGCUGCUGCCCUCAGCAGAAGCUUCUGGAGCUGCAGCCCCUGCCUCACCCCUGGAUGUCCAGGAGAGCAGAUUCUCCCCCUGCCUGCCCCUGCUGCUGAGCCCAGCCCUGGCUGAGACGUUCCUGCAGGGAUCCCAGAUGGAUUUCCUCCCCCUGAGAGGAAUCCCGGAUGUUUCUGGAGCAUCCCUGGAGCGUUCCGAGCCUCCCCAGGUCCAUGGCAGCGCAUCCCUGCGGAGCCCAGCCCUUCCCAGUCCAUGCCAGCCCUCCCAGCCCGUGGCACAGGCGGAUCCUGGAGCUGCUCCCCGGCCUGGGGAGCCCCCGGGCAGCCAGGGGGACAGUGGGGACAGUGGCCCUGAGCAGGAGGCACCAGCCCCCCGGGGCAGGGGGGAUCCUGCACAGCCAGCUCCAGAGGAGGGGCUGGCAGAGGGGCUGCAGCAGCCCUGGAGCACAGCAGGGAGGGAUGGACGCUGCUCUGGUCACUCCUCCCAGGACAGUGAUGGCCCAGCUGCUGGCUCUGAGCUGCCACAGGGGAACAAGGAGUCCCCAGGGCAGGAGGAAUCCUCCUCCUCCUCCUCAGGAAACUCCUCCUACACAACCGCACUGACCAAAUUCUCCGAGAAAAGUGAAAGGGGCGUGCAGCAGGAAAAGGGGAAAGGGGCUGGGAGUGGAGCAGGAGCCCUGGAGAAGCUGGAGAAGGGAAGGAAGGUGCCUGAGCACGGCUUGUCCGAUAACUUCUCUGAUGGCCUGAGGAAAGGCCGUGCCAAAGACUCCGCUGCUCAGGAUGCUCUUUGUGCAGCAGCUUCUGAGGCGGGCACAGGAACGCUGCAGGAGCCUGGGGUGCAGCCCAGGGGCUCCCAGGGGCUCACGGCUGCUCCUGAGGAGCUGCAGGGAGCUCUCCUGGAGCAGCAGCAGGAGCAGCCAGCGGCGAGGCUGGGCACAGAGGGGCUGGUCCCUGCUGGCACACCCAGGCAGCCCCAGGACACUGCCCCGUGCCCUGGACAUUCCCCAGAGCCUGCGGGGAGCAGGGAUGAGCUGACUGACUGCUCCAUAGAGAGGGGACACAAAGCCACAGAGAUCUCCCCUUCCUUCAGCCUGGCCGGUGAGGGCUCCUUCUCCCUGCACCUGGCUCAUCCCAACUUCCAGUCCACGCCAGGGGUGUUCCUCCAGAGGACUGGGAAGGCAGAAGGACCUGGUGGAGCCCUGGUGAUCCCUUCGGACCUUCAGGCCUCUCCUUCGUGUUGCAGUGAAGAAGCCCCAGGGCCAUCCCCUGCCCCGGGAUGGCCAGGGGAGCAGCCCCCUCCCCAGGGUGCUGUGGAAGAGGCGCGUGGGCGUUUGGAGUCCCUGAAGCUGGAGUGGCCCUGCCCCGGCAGGAUGCAGUCCUUGCCCUCGCUGGGCUUCCUGGAGAAGGUGGGAGCCUGGGACGUGGGCCAGCCCCAGCAGGGUCCUGCUGCCAGCAGCUCCCGUGCCCCAGGCGGAUCUCCUCCUGCCAGGAAAGCCUGCAGUGCACCUCCCCGGGCUGCAGGCUGUGCUUCAGCAGGGCAGAAAAGCCUUGCAGAGCCCGAGGGCUGUGCUGCUCCUGCCUGCAGGGGCACGGGCUCUCUGGGGAGUGUGCAUUUCCCCGCCGCUCAGCUGCUGCUGGGCGCCCCUCUGAGCAGGUCCCGGUCUGACAGCUCCGUGGGCAUCUCCAGCAGGAGCAGGGCCCCUCCUGCAGCGAGCCCAGCAGCGAGGGGCACAGAGCACAGCCCUGCUCUGCCAAGCUCUGGCAGCUCCACCCCACCAAAGCUGGUGCCCGGAUCUCGUGCCGAGGACGUGCAGAGCACCACCAGGCGAAGCUCAGCCCCAGAUGUGUUUGUGUCCAGUGCUGCUCAGCUCCUCCAGAAGGAUGGGAGCUCCCCAGCUGAGGAGAAGGGAAAUCAGUCCCUCAGCCUCGGUACUCCCAGUGGUGACGACAUCGUGGACAGCUUUGGAGCCGUUUCCUUGGAGAGUUUGAAUUUCCCUGUUGGUCCUGAGGAGCCUCAGGGGGCCCUGGUGGUGCCCAGGCCCUGCCCCAGUGCAGGAGGGGACAGCCCCGUCCCCCCUGGAGCAGCCCUGGAGACUCCCAAGAAAGAAGAGUUGAAUAUUGAGGAAAGGAUCCCGGUGUACCUGCGGAACCUGGGCAUCGAGCAGUCCCCCGGCACCAUCCUGGCCCCGUUCGUGCCCCGCGGGCCCCUCCGGGAGCUGGAGUUCUCCCCCUGGCAGCUCAGGAGCCUGCAGCCCCCCCUGCUCAUGGACACGGCCCCCGUGGCCAGGCUGCCCCCCCAGGCUCAGGGUGCAUUGCUGCCAGCCUUUGAGAUGUCCCAGGCCAGCUUUGGCUCGGAUGUGUCCCCUCUGAGCGUGUCCCUCGCCGUGGGCUCCGAGGCUGGCUCGGAGCAGGACCGGGAGCUGCUGUCCCCCCGGGGGCUCUCUGGGGACACCCCAGGCAGCGAGGGCAGUGUGCCAGGCCCCCAGCUGCAGGGGGCUGCCCCAGAGGGGUCCCCUGGAUGUUCUGGGGCAGAGCAGGACCUGCCCAGCUGCUCCUCGGGCAGGGAUCCCCAGCCUGGGGGCACAAAGGCUCAGGGUGCCCUUGCUGACCCCGAGUGCAGGAGCUCGGGCAGCAGCCAGCAGGGAUGGGCUCUGGGGGCUUUGUCCGGGCUUGGGAGCGACAUGGAAUUGGACAGGACAUCCUUGAGCUCCGGGGUGGGAAGUGAGAGCAGCCAGGGCCAGGAAGGGGAGUCCCUGAUGGGACCUGGGGCCCUGCAGGAGCUCCGGGAGCUGCUGGCACAGGCAGAGGGUCUCACUGCCAGCUGGAGCCGUCCUGCUUGCCCCACAGCCUCCUGCAGGGAGCCUGGGCAGUCUCCCCCGCGGCUGGGCGGGGGGGAGGAGGAUUCCAAGGAUGCCAGGUUAGGCCAGGACUGGAUCCCCGAGCAGCAGAAGAGACUGUCGUGGGAUGAGGCCGUGACCCCGAGGGGUGUGCGGGGCCAGGCGCUGGGCAUGCACCCGCUGGGUUCCGACAGCUGCCAGCUGGCAUGGGGACACCCUCUGGCUGUCAGUUCCCAGCGCAGGGAAGGGCUCAGGGGAACGAGGCCAGGGAAAUCCACGGGAAGGUCGGAGCCAGAAGGGUGCAGCAGCGUGACCACGGUCAGGAAGCUGGCUGCCCGCGGGGAGCUGGCACUGAGCAGUGCCAGCAGCCGCCCGAGCGCUGGCACAGCCCCGCAGCUGCGCCAUCCUCCUGCCCUGGAGCCCCUGGGCAGUGCCCCCGCUGGCCUGGGGGGCUCCCAGGGCUCCUGGUGCCAGGCUGGGAGGGCAGCAGGGACACGGGACAGCGAGGACAGCAGCAGUGGGGACUCCCUGAGUGCCCGCGUCAGGAGCCUCCUGGGGCCGCCUGGGCGCUCCCGGCAGCCGGGCAGCGCCCCGGGGCCCCUGCAGGGCAGCCUGCCCGGGGCCGGGGCUGCCCGCAGCCGGCAGGGCAGCGGCAGCAGCAGCGGAGACUCCCUGGCUGCCCGCGUCCGCAGCCUCCUGGGCACCGCCCGCCCCGGGAGCCCCGCCAGCCGCGCCCUGAGGAGCGCCGAGGAGCAGGAGAGCAAGAUCCGAGCCUGGGUGAAGCUGAAACUGGCCAGCCAGUGGCAGGAGCGUGGGGCAGACUGGCGUGAAGAGACCCGGCUCGGGAUGGAGGGAGCCAAGGCAGAGCUGCUCCCAGAGACCAGGGCACCUGCGGCAGCCCAGGAUCCCUGGCUCUGUGGCUUGGAUGCAGCUUCUGAGUACCUGGGGAAGCAGGAGCAGGACCUGGAGGGUGCCCAGGCUGCCAGGUGUCCCAGGGACAGGCAUGGACAGCUCUCCAGGACUCGGGAGCUCCUCCAGCCCAGCUCCCCACCAGCAGCACCGUUCCCUAGAGCUGAUCCCUGGGAUUGCUCCCUGCUGCAGGACAUGCAGCUGAAGCCCUGGAACACUGCUGACCUGCAGGACGUGCAGCUGAAGCCCUGCAGUGCUGCUGAGCUGCAGGAUGUGCAGCUGAAGCCCUGGAACACUGCUGCCCUGCAGGAUGUGCAGCUGAAGCCCUGCAGUGCUGCUGCCCUGCAGGAUGUGCAGCUGAAGCCCUGGAACACUGCUGCCCUGCAGGAUGUGCAGCUGAAGCCCUGGAACACUGCUGAGCUGCAGGAUGUGCAGCUGAAGCCCUGGAACACUGCUGAGCUGCAGGACGUACAGCUGAAGCCCUGGAACACUGCUGCCCUGCAGGAUGUGCAGCUGAAACCUUGCAACACUGCUGAGCUGCAGCUGAAACCUUGGGGUGCUGCUGCCCUGCAGGAUGUGCAGCUGAAGCCCUGGAACACUGCUGAGCUGCAGGAUGUGCAGCUGAAGCCCUGGAACACUGCUGAGCUGCAGGAUGUGCAGCUGAAGCCCUGGAACACUGCUGAGCUGCAGGAUGUGCAGCUGAAGCCCUGCAGUGCUGCUGAGCUGCACGGGCACAGCCAGCACCCGGCCGUGGGGCACCCCAGUGCUGUGGCAGAGCUCCGUGCCCCUCUGGCACGGGACCCCUGUGCAGGGAGCCCUGCAGCUGCCCCCCGUGCCCACGGGGAGCUGUCCCUGCCAGCCCUGGAGCUGGGGCAGGGCUGGGGGAUGCCGGGCAAGCCGAGCACCUCCAUCACCCCGUGCUCCCAGAGCCGGGCACGCAGCCCCGGGCUGGCCAGGAUCCUGCCUGGGGAGGACAGGCUGGGCACAGAGCCCUGGCACAGAGCUGUCAGACAGGGCUGUCCCCCCUGCCCCAGGCUGGCUGGCACUGGGGGUGCUGCUGAGGCUCCUCCUGCCCCUGCUGCCAGGGCUGCAGCUCCUCAGGAGACAGCUCAGCAGCCCGGGAGCAUCCACGCUGGGGAGAGCCAGACCCGGAGCGCCAAGCAGCCCCUGCUCCUGCCUGCAGCUGGGGCUGAGGAGCACACGCAGGCUGCCAGGGCCAGGGGGCUCAGCCAGGAAACAGAGCCAUCCAUGGAGCAGCAGCAGGAGAUCCCACCAGGGCUCAGCCAGGAAACGGAGCCAUCCAUUGAGCAGCAGCAGGAGAUCCCACCAGGGCUCAGCCAGGAAAGGAAGCCAUCCAUGGAGCAGCAGCAGGAGAUCCCACCGGGGCUCAGCCAGGAAAGGAAGCCAUCCAUUGAGCAGCAGCAGGAGAUCCCACCGGGGCUCAGCCAGGAAAGGAAGCCAUCCAUUGAGCAGCAGCAGGAGAUCCCACCAGGGCUCAGCCAGGAAAUGAAGCCAUCCAUUGAGCCCCCCGCUCUGAGCCCACCCCAGCAGCAGGAGAUCCCACCUGGGCACACCCAGCUCCGGGAGAGCCCCCAGGGCCCAGGUGCAGCUGCACGGAGGGGAUUGCUGAAGGGCCCUGGUGAGGUGUUGGCAGAGGGGAGGAAAGGCCCUGAGGAGCCGCCUCUGGUUCCAGAAGAGGCCGUGAGGGAGCAGAUGGGUCCUGCUCGCCCUUCACCUGCAGAUGGGGCUUUGUCCACCGCGCCUGAGGCUCCCUCAGCGCCAGUGAGGAGAUUCCUGAGCUGUGUGCACAUCACCCUCUCCUCCAGGGUCGGUCACCCCAGUGCCAGCAGCGCUGGGAGCGGGAUCAAGGUGUGGGACAAACCUCCAGGGAAGGCUCAGGCCGUGACUUUACGAGCAGCUUCAGAAGAUUCAGUGGAAGGUGUUCCUAAAUCCCCUCCCGCUGAGGGUAUUCCCAGCUCAGCUGAGCCAGUGGCCCCAGCAGAUCGCAGCCAGGUGCUUUCCCCCAGGCAGGAGCUCGCACAGGGCAUCCCCAGCUCUGCCCCUGCUGCAAACCCUGGCAGAAGGACCUGCGAUGCUGCCACCCAGAUCACCACGGAAAGCCCUACAAAAGCCACCUUCUCAGCAGAAGUCUGCGUUGAUCCCCGGGAGGGGGGCAGUGCUGCCCAGCAGCCGUCGCUCCCCAGCGCCCCUGAAGCUCCUGGCAUUGCAGCUCCAUCCCACAAGGAGAUUCCCCCCUUCCCGAGGCAGCCUGCCCAGCCCCUGCUGCUGCCCUACAAGCCCCUGGGAAGCUCUGGCAUGUAUUAUGUGCCUCUCCAGACAGCAGGAGCCAGCGUGUGCCCAGGGGAGCCCGAGGCCAGCCCAGCCAGCUCCCGCUCAGGCUCCGAGGACGCUGCUGCUCCAGGGCUCCUGGCCCCGGGGCUGGCUGUGGGGCAUGAGCCCCCGGCAGCCAGGGCAGCUGCCCAGCACAGAGGGACAGCCCGUGGUCACAGCCCGAAGCUGGCCUGGGCUCAGGAGCGCGGGACACCACUGGAACAGUCUUCAGAGCUCCCCGAUGGCUGCCAGCGUGUAGAGCCCUCCCGUGGUGUCCCUGAGCCCCGCGCCAUGCCCGCCGGGCAGAGCUGCUGCCCCCAUCCCAGGGGGCUCUCCAGGGCAGGAGCUGGGCACCCUGCCCCCUCCUCGGGGGCUGCCCCCUGGCCCCAGCGGGGUCCCCGUGCCCCCCGGGGGACAGGGGGACAGUUCUUUGCCCUCCGUGCAGAGGCUGAUGACAGCAGGAGCGAGGAGCCGAGCGCCAGGGCGUCCCUCGGGCACGGGGCAGCUGGCACGGGGCAGCUGCACCACGCAGCUGCUGGCACGGAUCCCGCAGCUCACCUGGAGGACGGCGUGGGGAAGGCGCCACGGCAGAGAGGCCACGGCAGGGGCGGCCUGGACGAGCUGUGGCUGAGGUUCCUGCAGCGCCAGGGCGCGCAGCAGCAGCUCAGGAGGAACGGCCAGCUGUCCCUCGUGGAGCGCCUGGACCGGCUGGCCAGGCUCCUGCAGAACCCCAUCCGGCACGCCCUGGCACCCGCAGCAGCUGGGGAGAAGGUUCCUGAGGAGGAAGUGCAGGGAAGGGAGCAGCCAGAAGCGGGGCUGGCAGGAAGAGCCAGGUCUGGGAGCGGCACGGAGCCGAGCGGAGCGCGAGCGGGACAGAGGCCGCGUGGGAGCCGUGGCAGCAGCAGCCCGGGGCAGCUCGGGGCAGCCAGGCCCGGGCAGAAGGUGAUCCAGCACCUGGGCAGGAUCCUGGAGGAGCAGCAGCACCUGGGGAUGCCGAGUGACAGCUCCUCGGAGAGCAGGCUGAGCGGAGAGCCCAGCAGCUGCAGCACCUGCAGCACCUCAGCGUGGGACACGGGGACAGGGCUGGACACCUCCCCUGCCUCCGGGGACAGCAGCUCCCUGUCCCUGUCCACCAUCGACACGGCCAGGCUGCUGCGGGCCUUCGGGCAGCACAGGCUGGAGCUGGCCCCAAGCACUGACACCCUGAGCCCAGCCCCAGAGCUGGCCCCACAGCUGUCCCCAGAGCUGUCCCCGAGGCUGGCCCGGCUCUACCGUGCCAUCAGCCAGCAGAAGAGGCGCUCCGAGGAGUGGCACGAGCAGAGUGGAGGAGCAGGGGCUGCAGGAUGUGCCCAGGGGGCUGCCCAGAGCCUCGGGAAGGGCCAGCAGAGCCAGGGCACCGUGCCCUUCUCCUCGGAUUCCACCGGUGCCAGCAGCAGCUCCUGGGGGCCCAGCCCUGCCCUGAGCCACAAGCGACGGACGCGGAUGCUGAGCAAAGGGAUCCAGGCAGGGGACCUGGAGAUCGUCAGCAGCGCCACCAAGAAGAACACCCGGGACGUUGGGGUGACCUUCCCCACGCCCAGGAGCAGCCAGCAGCUGUGGCAGCCCCCGGGCCAGGGCCAGGGGGGAGCCUGGCAGCAGCCCCGGGCACAGCCGGGCAGGCUCCUGACGGACACACGGACCAGGAGGGGCAGGCUGCACCUCCAGCCAGGGACGCCGUGGCUCGUCCCAGCAGAGGACUUGGAAUGUGAGUCGAGGAAAGAGAACCAGUGCAGUGCCAGUCCCGGCCCUGGGCCAGCCUGGUUUGAGCCCUGGAGCAGCACGAAGCCUUGGAGAGAGCCCCUGCGGGAGAAGAACUGGGAGGAGCAGCCCGGCCUGGGCCAGGGAGCAGUGACACCCACGGGGGCUGGCAGGGGGCUGGGGCAGCCCCUGGGCAAGCUCACGCUGCAGGAGGCCCUGGCCCUGCACCGCCCCGAUUUCAUCUCGCGCUCGGGGCAGCGCCUGCGGCACCUGCGGCUGCUCCGCGACGAGAGGAGGCUGCACGCGUCCCAGAGGGACAGGCUGCUGCCACCCCACGGGGACAGGCUGCUGCCACCCCACGGGGACAGGCUGCUGCCACCCCACGGGGACAGGCUGCUGCCACCGCAGAGGGAGCAGCUGCUGCCACCCCAGCAGCUGUUGCAGCCUGCAGGGAGGAGGAAGGACUGCAGGACUGCAAAUCACCUGGUGUCCAGCCGAGGUUUCCUGAUGAGAGAAAAAAGAAGAGCAAUUCCCAAGCAUGAAAUGCUUCAAAGAUCUAAAAGGAUGUACGAGCAGCUCCCCGAGGUGAGGAGGAAGAGGGAGGAGGAGCAGAGGAGGCUGGAGUACAGCUCCUACCGCCUGAGGGCUCAGCUCUACAAAACUAUCACCAGCCGUGUCCUGGGGAAGAAGGUGUCCUGGAGCUGACCCCAGCCGGGCUGAGCACACGCAGCAGCUGCACAGGAGCAGGCAGUAAACACUUCUGCAGCCCCGAUGGUGCUCUUGGGUCACUUCUGUGCUCACUGAUCUGCCCCACGUAAGAAUCGGGGACGGGGGGGAGUGUCAGGGUUUUAAAUAAAUACUGGGGUUUUAUAGUGGUGUUGGGCACUUGCAGAGGAAACAGAGUCUGGAAAAACUUGGUUCAUAAUAUAUUUAUAACUCCCUGAUUGGAAUAGCAGUUUUAUAUAUAUAUUUUCAAUGGGUUUUAAUGAGGAUUUUUAAUUAUUUUUUAAAUUCUUGUCUCAAUGUAGAGAAUUAACUUGUUAUGUUUUGUACUUCAAUAAAACAGCUGAGUUGGGAUAACUGCUGCAGCUGUGUUUGUGUAGGGACCGGGAGGGGCUGAGCAGAGACACUUCUGUGGUGCUGGGAGCUUCCAGGCCUUUCCUGGGAGAAUCCCCUGUUUCGGAUGGCUUGUCCUGCCAGGGUCCCUGGCUGUGCCCUGGGCCAGCAUCACUGAAAGGUGCAGGGCAGGGAGAGGUUUAUGAAGUGCUCGAGUCUCAGUUUCAUCUGAUCAUCACUGAGCAGUUCAUGGGAUGGAUAAACAGGAAAAGACAUCUGAGGAAAACAGAGUGGGUGUGAGCUGUGGCUUCCUAUGUUCCCUGCCUCAGAUGUUUGUGGCAGCUCAGCUC